AUGUCCCAAUACACAAUCCCCUGCAAAGGCAUCGUAGCCUACACCGAACACGACUGGAAACUCGAAGACCUCCUAACCCGCGAGCCUCAAGAAGAUGAAUUCCUCGUCGAAAUGAUCGCCACAGGCAUUUGCCAUACCGAUAUUUCUGGUUAUGGAGGGAUUUAUCCCCGAGUGCUGGGGCAUGAAGGUGCCGGUCGGGUUGUUCGAUUGGGAAGCAAGAAACUCGAAUCCCAAUACAAGGAAGGCGACCUCGUGAUCCUCUCCGCAGCAGCAUGUCUCGAUUGUCACUACUGCAAUACCGGACAUCCAGCAUAUUGUGUUGAGCACGCCGCUCUGACUCUCAAGGCGAACGAGCCAAAUUUCGUCCUGGCAUCCGAUAAGUCCAAGACUAUUGGUGGAGGUUUCUUUGGACAAUCAAGUUUCGCCUCGCCAGUACCGGUCAAGGUGUCCUGCGCGGCGAAUGUCACGGAGUCAAUCCGUGAUGCUGCAGAGCUGAAAAUGUAUGCUCCACUGGGGUGCGGGAUCAUGACUGGGGCUGGAUCGAUCACGCACGUAGGACAAUGCGGUCCGGACGAUGUCGUGGCAGUGGUAGGACUUGGUGGUGUCGGAUUAGCUGGGAUAUGUGCUGCAGCGCAUCGGGGUGUCAAGAACAUCAUUGCAGUGGAUCUGGUUCCCUCACGUAUAGAGCUCGCAAAGGAUUGUGGUGCUACGGCCAGUCUGCGUUCGACGCCGGAGAAUUUGAAGGGGUCGGAUUUGCAGACUGAGUUGAAGAAGCUCACACCGAUGGGGCUCGGGUGUACACACAUCCUGGACACGACGCCUUCGGUCGGGAUCUUGUCCGCGUGUCUCGAGGCGCUGCGGAAGAAUGGGACAGUCCUUCAAGUCGGUGUAAAGCCAGUAGGUGCCAAGAUAGAGCUCGAUACAUUAACACAUAUGGCCAAUGGCCGGAAGUUGGUCGGCGUUAUCGAAGGCGACAGAGAUCCAGCAGAGGCGCUACCCGAGCUAGUGGAGUGGACGAAGAAGGGGAUCCUGCCGAUGAGGCGCUUCCUCAAGGAGUAUCCAGUCGCAGAGUAUGAGGAGGGACGGAAGGUGAUGGAGGACGGGAGCGUGAUCAAGAGCGUUUUGGUGUGGUAG